AUGGAUUUUCAUCUAGUGCCUCGCGGGGAAGAUCGCAACUAUACCGGGUUCCUUACCAAAACAAUUGUCUACACCGGUUCCUUAAUAUUAUUCUUAGCCUCCUUCGGUUUAACCAUCUCCUCGAUCGCCAUUCCCAGAUGGGCUAGCUAUGAUUCGCCCGCCUUCCACUACUCCUACGGCCUCCACCGCCGCUGCUCCUCCGUCGAGGGCACCUGCUGGAGCUUCCCGCAGCGCGAAGACUGCCACGGCGAGGACCGGUACUUCUGUUCGAUGUGGCGCUCCGUCGGGUUCCUGAUGUCGUUCGCCGUGGUGCUGGAGGGCAUGAGCCUGGUCGCAUUCCUGAUCGUGUUGUCCGGCGGGAAGCGCUUGCGCGAGUCCGGGUGGAAGGUUUUGAGCUUGUUCAUUCUGUUAUCUGCGAUUGUGCAGGCGGCGAGUAUGGCGAUUGUGGCGUACCUGUUCGACAACGAGAAACGCUUCUUCCCUGGUUGGGUCCUUUCCCAAUCCUGGAUUUUCUGUACCGUCAGCUGGUGCGUGAGUCUCUUCUGCGCUGCGGCGUUGAUCAUUGCGGCGUAUACGUUGCCGUCGGAGGGUGGAUACGAGUUGAUUCCGGACCAUUCGUUUUGA